CUACUCCCAACUAGCUAUUACUCAACUUCCCAAACAAUUUGCAUAUCCCACAAUCCCCCUUUUCUCUCUCUCUCUCUCUCAAAUAAGAAUAAGAUGGGGCGUUUGUUUGCAACUUUCUUCCUUGUAGCUAUGCUGCUUUUGGCCACUGAGAUGGGACCAAUGACAAGUGCAGAAGCAAGGACUUGUGAAUCACAGAGCCACCGUUUUCAUGGAUCGUGUGUUAGGGGUAGUAACUGUGCCUCCGUUUGCCAGACGGAGGGUUUCAUCGGCGGCAACUGCCGUGGUUUCCGCCGCCGUUGCUUCUGCACUCGCAACUGUUAAAGAUCCAAAGAAGAAUUCAAGUCGAAAAUAAUCGUUUCUUUGUUCAAGUUUCCAAAUAAAUAAGUUAUUUUAAUGCUUAUCAAUUUAGAGUAACUCGUGUUUUAUA